UCACAAUAUGGUGAUGCGUGCUCGACCUCCAAAAAUUUGUGGUUUCCAUCAAUUUGGGUAUUACUAGUCCAUCAAAUUUAAUACUUAAAAAAUAAGAAGAGAAAAUACACAACAUCAUCAACAACAUCAUAAUUAUUUUUUUUAUGAUACAAUAUAAUCCCCAUUGGAGACAGAUGUCGGUCUUUAGCUCUCCAAUUUCUCUCUCUGUUGAUUUUCAUUUCGUCUUUUUGUAGAACAUCCCACAUUUUCCAAUCCAUUUUUCCAUCAUCAAGAUUUGACCCUUUUCAUUUUUGAUCAAUGAUUAUUCCCUAAUUUGGGAUUUAGGGUUCCAAGAUUGAAGGUUUUUUUGGUUGCUAAAGCUGAAGAAGAAUUGAGUUUUUCAUAUAAGUCAAAGGGAUAAUUUUUGUUUUGUGGGUUAAUUGUCGAGAAGAAGGAAAAAGGAAAUGCUAUAUUUAGAGCAACAUAAGUGUGUGGUGAUGUUUGUUGGUUCUAGUGUAUGUACUGCUGUAUAAUUGGAUUUGAUUUUUCCAUGUUUCUUUGGAUUUGAAUGCUGGAAUAGUUGAUUCCCGAGCCAGGGGCUCGGGUUUUGAUUGUGUUAGUUCAAUUCAUAACCAUGGCAGCUUGUGAUAUGGAGAAGCAGCCAUCACCGCAACAUCAACAGGAGCAAGACUUAGUUUCGUCUCCUGUUCCAUCUUCGCCGAUUUCAGAAGGAUUUAUGCAGAAAUUCAGGCUUUAUCAAACUCUGUCGAAAUUUUACUUGAUAGGAAGGGACAAGAGUAGAGCACACUGGAGAGUGUUGAAAAUUGACAGGACGGAGCUUUCUGAGCUUAACAUGCGUGAAGAUUUAACUACCUAUACUGAACGUGAGUGCUCUGAUUUGUUGAGAAGGAUACACGAGGGGAAUAGAUCUACAGGAGGUUUGAAAUUUGUUACUACUUGUUACGGCAUUGUAGGGUUCAUCAAAUUCCUGGGGCCUUACUAUAUGCUGCUUAUCACUAAAAGGAGGCAGAUUGGUGCUAUUUGUGGUCAUACUGUGUAUGCUAUCACUAAGAGUGAAAUUAUCCCACUUCCUAGUGCUGCAACAAGGUCAAAGAUGGUAAAUUAUAGGAGCGAAAACAGGUACAGGAAACUCCUUUGCACGGUGGACCUUACAAAGGACUUCUUUUUCAGUUACUCAUACCAUGUUAUGUGGAGUCUACAGAAGAAUAUGUGCAAUAAUGAGACUGGACCAGAUCUGUAUGACACCAUGUUUGUCUGGAAUGAAUAUCUGACACGGGGAAUAAGAAAUCUCCUUCACAACACUAUUUGGACAGUGGCAUUGGUUUAUGGAUUCUUCAAGCAGGACACCCUGUCACUCUCUGGGAGGGACUUCAAAUUGACUUUGAUAGCAAGGCGUUCACGGCAUUAUGCUGGUACCAGAUAUCUGAAGCGAGGAGUAAAUGAAAAUGGUAGAGUUGCGAAUGAUGUUGAGACUGAGCAGAUUCUAUUUGAGGAUGUCCCUGAAGAUUUCCCAGUGCAAAUUAGUUCUGUUGUUCAAAAUCGUGGGUCAAUCCCGCUCUUUUGGUUUCAGGAAACUUCACGACUAAAUCUGAAGCCUGAUAUUAUAUUGUCAAAGAGGGAUCAGACAUAUGAAGCAACAAGACUUCAUUUUGCGAAUCUUGCUGAGAGAUAUGGGAACCCCAUAAUUAUAUUGGAUCUGAUUAAGACCCAAGAAAAAAAGCCCCGGGAGUCUAUCCUUCGCACGGAAUUUGCCAAUGCAAUUGAAUUCAUUAAUAAGGAUCUAUCUGAGGAGAAUCGACUUAGAUUUCUCCACUGGGAUUUGAAUAAGCAUUCACGAAGCAAAGCUACAAAUGUCUUGUUUUCUCUGGGAAAAGUGGCUACAUAUGCAUUGAAUUUGACAGGUUUCUUCUAUUGUCCAGUAACACCAACCUUAAGAUCUGAUGGAUGUUUGAAAUGGCCCACUUUUGAAUAUGCUGCUGCGAGUAAUGUGGUUCCUUUGAGACAUUUUGACCCUGAUGUUGAGAAACAAUAUAAUAAUGACAACGGUGAGUCGGAUAACUCGGAGGGGAAAACAAAUGGGUGUAGCUACGUGAGUAAUGGCUAUCUGAAACCAGCAACAUUCCAAAGGGGAGUGCUAAGGACAAAUUGCAUAGAUUGUUUGGAUCGUACUAAUGUGGCACAGUAUGCAUAUGGAUUGGCUGCUUUGGGUCAUCAACUCCGUGCAUUAGGAGUUACAAAUUCAACAAAGAUAGACCUUGAUGAUCCUUUGGCAGAAGAAUUAAUGGGGUUCUAUGAGAGGAUGGGUGAUACACUUGCUCAUCAAUAUGGUGGCUCUGCAGCUCACAACAAGAUAUUUUCAGAGAGGAGGGGCCAGUGGAGAGCUGCAAUUCAAUCACAAGAGUUCUUUAGGACUCUUCAGAGAUAUUACAGCAAUGCCUACAUGGAUGCAGAAAAACAAAAUGCUAUUAAUGUGUUUUUGGGGUACUUUCAACCGCGAGAGGGUAGGCCUGAUAUAUGGGAAUUGGACUCUUAUCAGCAUUACCAUGUGGGUAGGAAUGGGGAAAGCUAUGUUGGCGAUAAUGGAAGGUCACUCUUUCAAAGAUCAUUCUCAGAUGGGAACAUCCUUCAUGAAAGUCAAUUUCCCCUAUCAACUCGGAGUAUUGGAAAGGGUCUUUCUAAGUCCAGCCUGUCUAGUCAGUCAAAUGAAGGAAGCAAAGUGCUCUCCGAAUCAACACCAGAAAUGUCAACUUGUGAAAGUGAUUUGACAUAUUCAAGGUAUGCUCAAACAGUUCCUACAAGGCAAAUUUUUGUUGAAAUGCAAAGAGAUCGAUCCCUUCAACAACAAAAUGCAGAUGCAUAUGACUGCUCCAACUUUGUUGACUUAGAUUGGUUAUCUUCUUCUGGGAAUUCCUGUGAGGAAGAGUUCUUGGACAGGUCUUUGUUCAUGAACUCCCCAAUAGGUGGACCAUCAUCAGAGAAUGUUGUCAGUGAUAUAGUGGGGGAAAGGACCCCGGUGUCCAGUGAAGGUGGAUGUAGCAUGAAUGUUGGUAUUUCAGUUACUUCACAAGGAACAGAAAACGCUGGAGCAGAGGCAUCCUACAGUGAUGCCCAGAGCUGUGUCGUUGUCGAGGAACUUUCAGAUAGCUUUGCACGUUGGGUAAACUUUGGAGAGACCCUGUGUCAUUGAGUUGGAGAAGUCGAACAUUGUAAUUCGUGUCUUUCCUGUGAGUUAUGUGUUGGUAAAUGUGCUCGUGCCUAUAGCUCAUUCUAUUACUGGGCAUGCCUCAUGUUUGGAGAAGUGUCGCGUGAGAAUCCUACGAUGAAGUACAACAUUUGUUGUAUCAGCAUUCUUUUUACUAUAUUACCCGACUAAGCAAACCAUCUAGGCCUGCAUUUAUAUGAUUGCGGAAAUCUUCUCUAGUCCGAUACCAUUAGUACAUAGUCCAACAGUUAUAAGAUUCUUUCUGCAACACUUAUCACAGAUUGUAGGUUCCAAUGUUGUAAAUAGACAGGUUUGACUUGCUAGCACUCCAUUCGACUAUUUUAGAUCAAGUUUUCAUUUCAAACACAUACUUCUAUUUGAAGUGACAUCUAUAAUCGUUCAAUAGGAAGUUAAAACAAAUUUUGCUUGUGUUGAAA